AUGGCUGACUCAAAUUCGUCCUCCUCCUCGUUUUUCUCGAGCUUGAAUCCGUUCAAAAAAGGCUCGGCUUCUGCAAAAGUUCCGGAUGUUGCUCAAGAUGCACAAAUUUUCGACGCGCAAAUCGUUGAAGCCAAAAUCGAAAAUGGUGAUUUGGCAUCGGAAGCUAAGUUGAUCAUCCAAAAAGUUGCUGAUAAUGUACAUAACUCUGUAAAUACUGAAUCUGAAUCCGAAUCAGCAUCGAAUGUGGAAAAUCACGCGUCGGAAGUUGUUGAACAAGUUUUGGCUCAAAUUUCGGAGGCUAUCAAACAAGUUGCUCAAGGUUCGGAUAAUUCAGAUGAGUUUCAUGAUGCUUCAGAAGAUCAACAUGUAGAAUCUGCUCCAAAAGAUAUUGCUCAAGUUCAACAAUCGGAAGAGGCCAAUUCGCCUACAGAUUUACACGCUGAUGCUCCAGUUUCGGCUGAAGUUUCAGUACCAGCCGCUGAGCCAGUUGUUGAAGUAAAACAUGUCGAAGAAUCUGAGGCUUCAGUAGUUUCCGAACCAGUUGCUGAACACGUUGAAGAAUCUCAAGAAACUCCAGCCUCAGCUCCAACUUCAGAAAUUGUUGAAGAAGUGGUUCAAGUCCAACAUGUUAAGGAAUCCCACGCUGCUCCAGAAUCAGGUAAACAUUCGGAAACUUCAACUCCUUUUCAAGAGUGUAUUUCAGAAUCACACUCAGAACAAUCGGCUGCUCAAGAAUCAGAAUCUCCAGUUUCGGCUGAAGUUGCUGUUCCAGCUGCUGAACCAGUAGCUGAAGUUCAACACGUUGAAGAAUCCCACGCUGCUCCAGAAUCAGGUAAACUUUUGGAAACUUCAACUUCUAUUCAAGAGUGUAUUUCAGAAUCACACUCAGAACAAUCAGAAGCUCCAGUCUCCGCUGAAGUUGCUGUUCCAGCUGCUGAACCAAUCGCCGAAGUUCAACAUGAUGAACAAUCACACGCUGCAUCAGAAGUUCCAGCCGAACAUUCUGAAACUCCAGAGGUUGCUGAACCAGUGGCUGAAGUUCAACACGUUCAAGAAAUCCACGCUGUUCAAGAAUCCGACUCAAAUGCUCCAGCCUCUGCUGAACAUUCAGAGACUCAAGUUCAAGAGUCUGCUCCAGAAGCCCCAGUUUCAGUUGAAGUUCCAGCUGCUGAAUCUCAAGAAUCUUCAAAUAUUGUUCCAGCUGAACACUCGGAUCCAGUAGUUCACGAAGUUGUUGAAGAAAUUUCUCAAGUUCAACACGUCGAAGAAUCACAAGCCGCUCCAGAAUCUGCUGAAUCUGUAGCUGAAGUCCAACAGGUUCCAGAAUCACAAGCUGUUCCAGAAUCUGCUGAGCCUGUAGCUGAAGUCCAACACGUUCAAGAAUCACAAGCUGUUCCAGAAUCUGCUGAGCAUUCAGAAGUUGCAGCUCCAGUUGUCAUUGAAGAAGUUGGUCAAGCCCUCUCUCAACCUGAAGUUGUUGAAGAUGUCGUGCAAGUUCAACACGUGGAAGAGUCCCACUCUGCACCAGAAGCUUCAGCUCCUGUAGAGCAUUCAGACAGUCCAGCUCAAGAAUCCGCUCCAGUAGUUCAAGAUGAACAUUCAGAAGCUCCGGCUUCGGAAGUUGUUGAAGAAAUCGCACAAGUUCAACAUGUUGAAGAGGCUCAGGCCACUCCAGCUCAAGAUUCUGUCCCAGUUGUCAUCGAAGAAGUUGGUCAAGCACUUCUCAUCACCGAUGCUGCUCCAGAAGCCGAAACACCUGCCGAGCACUCAGAAGUUUCUUCAGAAGCAGUUCAAGUUCAACAUGUCGAGGAAUCACACGUUGCUUCAGAUUCUCAAGCUUCUGAAGUUGUCGAAGAGGUUGCUCAAGUUCAGCAUGUUCAAGAAUCCCGAGCUGCCCCAGAAGUUUCAGCCGAGCAUUCUGAAGCUCCGGAGGUUGCUGAACCAGCGGCUGAAGUUCAGGAUUCUCAUGCGGCUCCUGAAUCAGAUGCUCCAAUUUCAACUGAAGUUUCAGUUCCAGCCGCUGAGCCAGUAGCUGAAGUUCAACAUGUCGAAGAAUCACACGCUGCUCAAGAUGCUCCAGCUGAGCAUUCAGAGAUUGCCCCAGUUCAAGAAGUUGUUGAAGAAAUUGCUCAAGUUCAACAUGUCGAAGAAACUCAAGAGGCUCCAGAAUCAGAUGCUUCAGUUACACAGAUUGUGGAAGAAGUUGUUGAAGUUCAACACGUCGAACAAACUCAUUCUAUCCCAGAAGCCUCAGUUCAAGAAUCAGAAGCUCCAGUUUCAGCUGAAGCUCCAGUUCCAGCUGCCGAACCGGUUGCUGAAAUUCAACAUGUUGAAGAAUCACACGCUGCUUUAGAAUCAGAUGGUCCAGCUCCAGCAGAACACUCUGAUGUCCAAGCUUCAGAAGUUGUGGAAGAAAUCACCCAAGUUCAACACGUCGAAGAAUCUCAAGCUGCUCAAGAUGUUCCAGCUGAACAACCAGAAGCUUCAGCUCCAGCUCCAGAAGUUUCAGUUGAACAUUCAGAAUCCCCAGCUGAACAAUCCGAAGCUCCAGCUCAAGAUUCUGCUCCAGAAGUUGUUGAAGAGGUCGCCCAAGUUCAACAUGUCGAAGAGUCUCAGGCUGCUCCAGAAGUUCAAGCCGAAACUGUUGAAAUCGUAGCUCAAGAAUCAGAAGGUGCAGUUCCAGCCGCUGAACCAGUAGCUGAAGUUCAACAUAUUGAAGAAUCCCACGCUGCUUCAGAAUCUGAUGCUACAGCUCCAGCAGAACACUCUGAUGUCCAAGCCUUAGAAGUUGUUGAGGAAGUCGCCCAAGUUCAACACGUUGAAGAAUCUCAAGCUGCUCCAGAAGUUUCAGUUGAGCAUUCAGAAGUCUCAACCCAAGAGUCUGCUCCUGAAGGAGAGGUCACCCAAGUUCAACACGUCGAAGAAUCUCAAGCUGCUCCAGAAGCUCCAGUUGAAAAUUCAGAAGCUCCAGCUCAUGAAUCUGCUCCAGGAAUUGUUGAAGAGGUCGCCCAAGUUCAACACGUCGAAGAAUCUCAUGCUGCUCCAGAAGUUUCAGUUGAACAUUCAGAGACCGCUCAAGAUGCUCCAGCUGAACAUUCAGAAGCUCCAGCUCAAGAAUCUGCUCCAGGAAUUGUUGCGGAAGUCGCCCAAGUUCAACACGUUCAAGAAUCCCAAGCUGCCCCAGAAGUUCCAGCUGAAAGUUCAGAGACCGCUCAAGAUGCUCCAUCUGAACAUUCAGAAGCUCCAGCUCAAGAAUCUGCUCCAGGAAUUGUUGAGGAAGUCGCCCAAGUUCAACACGUUCAAGAAUCCCAAGCUACCCCAGAAGUUCCAGCUGAAAGUUCAGAAGCUCUUGCUCAAGAAUCUGCUCCAGAAGCUGUUGAAGAGAUUGCCCAAGUUCAACACGUUGAAGAAUCUCAAGCCGCUCCAGAAGUUUCAGUUGCUCAAGAUGCUCCAGUUGAGCAACCAGAAGUAGUAGAAGAAAUUGCUGAAGUUCAACAUGUUCAAGAAUCUCAAGCUGCUCCUGCUGAAUCUGCUUCAGAAGCUCCAGUUGAAAAUUCAGAAGCUCCAGCUCAAGAAUCUUCAAAUGCUGAAAUCGUAGAAGAGGUCGCACAAGUUCAACACGUUGAAGAAUCUCAAGCCGCCCCAGAUGUGCCAGCUGAAAGUUCAGAAACUCCAGAAGUAGUAGAAGAGAUUGCUCAAGUUCAACACGUCGAAGAAUCCCAAACUGCCCCAGAAGUCCCAGCAGAAAAUUCAGAAGCUCCAGAAGUAGUGGAAGAGAUCGCUCAAGUUCAACACAUCGCUGAAUCCCUCGCUGCUCCAGAAUCCGAAGACAGUGCAAUCCCCUCAUCAUCAGGUUCAUCCGACGUUGUCCACGUCGAACAUCCCGAAUCAGCCAGAUCCAUCGAAUCCUAUCUCAACGGUUCAGAAAGUCAAGAAGAAGAGUUCGAAAAAGUCGAACACUCACAAGUCGAAUCGGCCUCAUCAUCCGAAGAAGUUGUACCAGAAACUUCAACAACUUCGGAGUCGAAUCAUAUUGUGGAAGGCCUUGCUGUUGUUGGUGGUGUGAUUGGUGUCGCCGCAAUUGGCGCAGGCGUUGUUGCCGCCGCCACACAGGUAAGAUCUUUCAGUUUUGAUUUCUGAUAACUUUCAAGAAUUCCUUCUCUAAUUGAUGAUCAUAAAUCGAAGUGAACAUAACUUAACUUAUCAAAUAUCUGUCAAUUUUUUUGUCUUCUAUUUCCGAAACGACCGAAAAAAUGUUUCGGAAUGAUUCAUGUUUGACCACAUGUUUUCUCUUUGUUUGAACCCCCGCUCGCAUUUAUCAUCAUAUGACAUCUGUGCUGAAACACACCGUGCAGCAAUGAAUCAAACAAUAAAUGAUUGGGGAAAAUUUGAGGGAUCGACAUGGAAUUGGAACUAGAUAGAUAGAUAGUUGAGAGAAGAUUAGAGCGGAUUUGUUGGGGGGGAGGAAACCGCACAAAAUAUAAAUCGUAUUUAUUUUUGUUGUUUCAAAACAUUUGUAUAGUUUUUUGUUAGUGUGAAAAAUAGAUAGCCUAGCUAUUAACAAAACUAACAAGUAGAAAAAAUAAUAUGAGCAAGAAGUUUGAAUUAGAAAAAAUCUUUUUUACAUAAAAAAAAACUCAGCUUUCUAUUACUAGAUUUUUGGGCAUAGAUUUUGAUGAAUUAGCCUAACUUUUUUCAAAUUUUACAGAAUUUUUUAUCGAUUUUUUCAAUUUUUUCGAAAUCCCUCCCCAAAAAACUCACUAAUCGCUUUUAUUUCUCAAAUUUCACAAAAAUCAUCGAAAAUUCCAAUAAAAAUCCUUGAGAAGUCCGAAAUUUUCCAAGUUUUCCACGAUAUUUACAUUGAAAUCCAAUUGUCCAUCAAUUUUUCAAGCUGAAAAUCAGAAAAUUUGAAUUUUUCAUGUACCAUUGAGUUCUGCUAACUCCAUUUCUGUUUUUAUAGAUUUCUGAGGGUUUUCUGGGUCUCACAACAAAUUUCCAGCUAUUUUUCAGUGGUUCACAGCAAAAUCUUACCCAAUCCAAUUUUCCUUCGAUUUUUGAGUAAAAAACCCAGUACAACCUCAACAGUUUUCAAUAAAUCCGAUGUUUUUUAUUGAAAAGCCGCUUCAAAUCGUUCUCCUCACAUUCAAAAUCAUUUUUGACACUGAAAACUCAAAAAUUUCAAUCAAAACAGUAUUUUUCUAGAAAAAACUCACUUUUCUUCGAUAAUCCUCGAGAUUUCCGUUGGAAGCAAUAAUUCGAGACUUGUAGAACAUCUAAAAAUUCAAUUUCUCAUUAAAAUCCACUGAUUUUCCCCGGAAACCUGAAAACCCAGCUAAAACAAUUAAAAAAAAAAAACAACGCCUUGUUUUUUUUUUUCAAAUAAAAAAAUGAGCGCGGAAUGAGGAAGAGAGAGAGUGAGGCAACAAGAGAGAGCGCGAGAGAAGGAGAGACAAACUGUUUUUUUGUUUUGAAUAAAACUAAACUUUAGUUUGACCCAGCUGGAUCUAUCCAUUUUUGUUUUUUUUUGAGUAAAAAUUAUUUUUUUCAGUGAAUUUUCUGAUUUAGGGUUCUGAUAAGAGUAAAAAGAGUGCAAAGUUUUUCGAUUUUUUUUUCCUUUUUCACCCUUGUUUAAUCUGAGCAACGCUUUGAGAUUUGAAGUAUAAAACCAGAAUUUUUAUGAUUUUUUAAAACUGCGUUUCCCAUUUUUAUGAGGUAUUCCAAAGUUUUCCCACCAUAACUCAUGUAUUUUACAACCAAAUUCAAAACAUCUGGACAUUCAAAACAUUUUUUCGAAAAUUUCAAAAAUUUUAUCACUUUCACUUUUUCUCGCUUCCUGCUUGCUGUCAUCAAUACAACAAACAAAAAUUAAAUAUUUACACAUUUUUCAACCCAACCCAAAUAACUUUUUUUUCUGAAGUCAAAGUCGACUUUAACUUGAAUUUGAUUGCCAUGCGAGACACAGAGAAGCAGAUAUUGUUGGGCCCCCGGCUCCGCCCACUUUUGUUUUGAUUUGUGAAAAAGAAAAAGAAGAAGAAGAUUGCAUUUCUUCUCACCCCUUCUUUUUAUUUUAUUUUUUUUUGGUUGUUGUGCGUUAGAGAGGAAACUUUUUCCUUUUUUUUUCUCAUCAGAAAUAGAAAAAAUGCCAUUAUUUGUCACGUUAUCAAUUUCCCACAAAUAUAAAAAUUCACAUAAAUUUUCGAUUCUCCCCCUCAAAUGUUCAAAAAUAGACGAGCAAAAUAUCGAUUGGUAUGUAUGUUGUUCACAUCAGUUAAAAGCUCAUUCUGAUCACUUUUGAGCAACUGUUGUUCUUUUUCUCAUCAUCAUUUACUUUCUAGUUUUAUGUGUGUUAAACCAAAAUUGUUUUUGAGAAAUUCAAUCCAAUUUUUGUGAUUUUGCAGGAACACUCUUCUUCCUCUGACGAGAACAACAAGAACAAAAAGAGAAAACUUGCUGAUAUGGCUCACGAAUCCGCUUAUGUGAGUUUCAGGGAGAGGGGUUAGAAGGGUUAGGGUGGUUAGAGAUGGAGAGUGAGGUAGAGAAGCUAGAGAAGUUAGAGAUCAGACAGCCAGAGUGUAUAGGGAAUUGAAGAGACGCAGAGUAUAUAUAGCUGAGCUUAAUUGUAAACCUUUCCAAUUGAAUUUUUUAUUUAGAAUGUUAUAAAUUCACCGGCACAUAAAAAUAGUGAGAUCAAAAUAUAGUUAUCUUUUUUUUUUCGAUUACGUGAGUACUUGGAUAACUUGUCUUAUUUGUUCGAGAACAUAUAAUCUGCAAUUCCGAGAAUUGAGCUUAAAAGUACAAAUACGUGAUUUUCUAUAAAUCUAUUAUUCUUUAAUCUCCCUCUUUCUCAAUAAAACUUCUCACUUUUUUUACCUAGCAAUAAGUGGAAAACCAGAACGAAAAACCCAUAAAUUUUCAAAUAACCACUUCUCAAACGUUGAACGUGUCCGGUUUCAUCUCAAAAGUUUCAAUGUAAGCCCCAAGCAAAGGUCAAAUCAAAACAUGUCGAAGACGACCGCUGAUUGAUUGAUGUUACAAUAUUUCAUCAGCUGAGAGAUAGGGAGGAUUUGUUUUAAAAAUAAAUAAAUAAAAAUAAAUCCUAAAUAAUUUCAAAGCUGGUUUUGAUCUCCCCAGCCCGUUUUAAUUGCUUUUUCUCGCAUCAUAAAAUUUUGGGCAGAACGAAAAAAAAGCGGCUUUGCUUGCUUGCUUCCCACACCAUUUUUUUGUGUAACAAACAACAGAAAAGGCGCAACAAAAUUUGUUCGAUCACAACAAAAAAAAAUAUAUUAUUUGAAGGUCGUUUGGGCUGGGGGUUGAUGAUAGCGGCGGAUUGAUAGCAGCCAAAAAAAAUUGGUUGUUGACAAAUAAAAACACACAUUUUUUUCAUAAAUGGGAUGUUAUCAAUGAAGAUCAAGACAUUGAUCAAAAUGUGAUGAUGAUGAUUUUUUUUUCAGCCAGUACCAUACCGCAGCAAAUUGGUCGAGCCAUUCGAACCAGGACAAACAUUGAUUGUUAAGGGAAAGACUGGAGAAGAUUCGAUCAGGUAAGAUAGUGUGAAGCAGAGAAGCUAGACACUGAGAGAGACGCAGAGUAGUUGGUGAUGAUGGCGAGUGUGGAAGAGACGCAGAGUAGAAAGACAGACGGGGGAAAGAGUCGGGGAGAGUUAGAGAAGCAGAUAAGCUAGACAGCUAGACAUGAAGGCUGGCAGAGACGCAGAAGUAUCUAACAUAUUCCAUAUUUAAUUUUCCAGAUUCACCGUCAACCUUCACAGCAACGCUGCUGAUUUCUCCGGAAACGACGUUCCACUCCACAUCUCGGUCCGUUUCGACGAAGGCAAACUCGUCUUCAACACCUUCUCCAAGGGAGAAUGGGGAAAAGAAGAGCGAAAAUCGAACCCAUACAAGAAGGGAGAUGAUAUCGACAUCAGAAUUCGCGCUCACGAUCAAAAAUUCCAAAUCUUCGUCGACAACAAGGAGGUGAAAGAGUACGAACAUCGUGUUCCACUCUCUUCAAUCACCCAUUUCACCAUUGACGGUGACGUCUUGGUCAACUACAUUCACUGGGGAGGCAAAUACUAUCCAGUUCCAUACGAAAGUGGAUUGGCCAACGAGGGUUUGGCACCAGGCAAAACUUUGACUGUCCUCGGUAUCCCAGAGAAGAAGGCCAAGAGAUUCCACGUCAAUCUUCUCAAGAAGAAUGGUGAUAUCGCACUUCACUUUAAUGUUAGAUUUGAUGAGAAACAUGUUAUUCGCAACUCCUUGAUCAAUAAUGUUUGGGGAAAUGAGGAAAGAGAGGGAAAACUUCCAUUCGAGAAGGCUGUUGGUUUCGAUUUGGAGAUUCACAAUGAACCAUACGCAUUCUCCGUAAGUCCUAUAUUUUUUCCACAUAAUAUGAGCAAUCUUUGAAUUCGAACAUUUCAGAUCUCCGUCAAUGGCGAGCGAUUCGCUUCAUAUGCUCACCGUCUCAGCCCUGACGAGGUCAACGGACUUCAAAUCGGCGGAGAUGUUGAAAUCACCGGAAUCUCGAUUAACUAA